AUGGCGGCUUCAAAUGCCGUCUCCUCCACCCCUGGGGAACAGUUGGAUGGGUCCACUGGUUAUAAGCCCAGAUACGUCGAUAUUGGCAUCAAUCUAGCUGAUCCCAUCUACCGCGGCCGCUACCAUGGCUCGCAGCGGCAUCCAGACGACUUGAAUGGCGUGCUGCAAAGAGCAAAGGAGGUGGGAUGCUCGAAGCUCAUCGUGACGGGGUCAAGCUUCAAGAGCUCGAGGGAUGCUCUUAAACUCGCCGAAGAGUUCCCCGGCACCGUCUACACAACCGCGGGAAUCCACCCAUGUAGUAGCUCCAUAUUCAAGGCCUCGCACCCGCGGCACCACGAAGAGGACCACUCGGACGACGAGCAUACGCCCGCCUGCGGGCCGGACCCGACCCAGCCCAUCCAGGACGGCGACGCCAUCGACGCCGCCCGGAGCGCGACCAUCAUCCGCGACCUCGCCGCCUUCGUGCGGGAGGCGCGCUCGUCGCCCUCGCCGGCCGCCGCCCUCGUGGCCCUCGGCGAGUUCGGGCUCGACUACGACCGCCUGCACUACUGCUCGCGGGACGUGCAGCUGCACUCGUUCGCCGCGCAGCUCGACCUCGCCGCCUCGCUGUCGCCGCAGCUGCCGCUCUUCCUGCACUCGCGGGCCGCGCACGCCGACUUCGUCGGCCUCCUGCGGUCCAGGUUCGGCGAGCGGCUCGAGCGGCUCGAGCGGGGCGCCGUCGUCCACAGCUUCACCGGCACCGUCGAGGAGAUGCGCGAGCUGUCGGGCCUGGGGCUGUACAUCGGCAUCAACGGGUGCAGCUUCAAGACGGCAGAGAACUGCGCCGUCGUCGCAGAGGUCGGCCUGGACAGGCUAAUGAUCGAGACCGACGGGCCCUGGUGCGAGGUCCGCCCCAGCCACGAGGGGUGGAAGUACCUAGUCGAGCCGAGGCCCGCGGACGCGAACGGGGAGGCCGUCGCGGGCGGUGGUGGUCCGGUGGUGGACGGAGGAGAUGCGCCGGGCAAGGCGAGAAAGCAGGGGAAGAAGAAUCAGAAGAAGCAAUCCGAGGUCCCGGAGAGAUUCAAGGUGGUCAAGAAGGAGAAGUGGCAAGAGGGAGCAAUGGUGAAAGGACGGAAUGAGCCUUGCACGAUAGAACGGGUUGCCAAGAUCAUCGCCGGGAUUAAAGGGGUACCGGUGGAAGACGUGUGCGAGGCAGCCUGGGAGAACACGGUCAAGGUAUUCGGAUUGAACUGA